CACAACCCUCCAUAUUCACUCAAUCUCAACGGUUCCAGAUACCCAAGACGUAGCAGUUUCCAAAAACCAAAACCUUUUCUGCUACCUGUCCCUCUACCAGAGCAGCCUCCAAGCAGCUUUCAAUCCGGGUUUCUUUGCCUUCUCAUCUCCAACACACGACGAACCAAGUCAGGCAAAUGUCCGUCCAGUCCAGAAGCUACAGCACAACGAAGAAGGCAAAUAGACUUGAGAAAGAAAAACAGUCUCAAAAUGCAGCAGAAGUCAGGCUUCCUCAUCCUCUUCCUCUCCCUCAUUUUCCUUCCUCUCAUCUUCUCCGACGCCAGAAAGGAGGCUCCCCUCGGAGGUUGGAGGCCGAUCAAAGACACCAAGGACCCACACGUGAUGGAGAUCGCGGAAUUCGCCGUCGAGGAGUAUAACAAGCAGUCAAAUGGGAGUUUAAAGUUGGAUAAGGUGGUGAAAGGCGAGACUCAGGUGGUGGCCGGGACAAAUUACCGGCUGAUUUUGCAGGCGAAGAAAGGGGCAGUCGAUAACACGUAUCAGGCUGUGGUGUGGGAGAAGUUGUGGCUGAAUCUCAGGAAUCUCACCUCCUUUAACCUCGUCAAGGGUUAGAUUGGAUUAUAAUGUAAUUUAUGUUCAUAUAUGUUAUCCUCGUCCUUUUCUAUUACUUAACUGAGUGGAGAACAAAAUCUUAAUAAUACAUAAUUAUGUGUGUUUGGGA